UGAUAACAACUUUACUAUUCUAAUUUCACCUUAUCUGUUGUGUCAUUUGUGAAAGUGUCGGUCUUUGGUUAAUUUCAGUGACAAUGUCGAUGUAUAUUUUAAAUACAUUGACAAUAUUAUUAGUUUUUGGAUAUAAUACCAGUGACGCAGUGGAGUGCCAGGAUGACUGGACAACAUAUGGAACCUCGUGUUACUUAUUUGGUCACCAGAGUCUUUCAUUCUACUCUGCUGAGAAUUACUGCCGCCAACAUAAGGGCCAUUUGGUACAUAUAAAUGGAGACGCAGAAAAUACAUUUAUAAGAGAACAUCUGAGGAACAUGAAAGGAACUGGUUGGUGGAUUGGACUUACGGACGAUGCUGUGGAAAAUACGUGGAUAUGGUACGACACAAACGAAAAAACUGAAUAUACAGACUGGGCACCAAAUCAACCGGACAACGCUGGAAAUAACGAGGACUGUGUUGAGUUCAAUAUGUCAUCUGGUUAUAAUGGCCAUUGGAAUGAUGCACCUUGUCACGUAAACCUCUUGCCGAUCUGUGAACAGCAAUUUGACAACGUGGACAGCGGUAUUGUUGGUUAGAUUUUGUAUUGCAUUAUAUAUUAAAAAGCCAUUAAAAUAUUACCUACAA